GUUAUUGAAAUAUCGUUAAUAUUCAAAAUAUUAAUUUCUAUUUUAUUUUGUAUAAUUAAUGUAUAUAAUUAUUUAUCAAUCACUCAUAAAUUAGCGUAAAAAUAGUAAACUUCAGCUACACAAAGUUUAUUUCACAUAUUUCUUUAAAAAAUACAAGGUUUAUUUGUAAUUACUUUGGCGGGUUUUAUACAAACAAUAGUUUAAUGGCCGCAAAUGUGAAGGUUUUGGAUGGAGUAUCAUUUAGAAUUUAGACGCUAUCGAAGUUGCUAUAGGAGCGUAUCCAGGUUCAAACCCUGAAAAUGUUGUCAGCAGUUAACCAUAUACAAACAAAUGUAAAGAAAAAAAGUGUUCCUGAACGACAAACUGCAGUACCUGAUAGCACAACAUCGAUAGAAAUGUCUGAAUUUUCCGUAGGCCACGAUGUACUCGUAAAACAAAAAGAUGAUAGGUAUUAUUUUGGAACAGUGGUUCAAGUGAAUAGCAUAAGAGAACAAUGUUUAGUGAAAUUUGGUGAUAACACCUACAACUGGUCUAGUUUCAAAGAUCUGACAAAGUUGAGCACUCCAGAACAGGAAGAUUUGCUGUGUGUAGUUUGUAAAAAGUCUUCACCCAAAAAUAAUCAGGAAAUUACAGUAUGUGAUCAGUGCGGUAGAGGAUAUCAUACAAAAUGUCAUGUUCCAGAGAUACCUACUCACUGCCAAAAAGAAGGUAGGUUUUGUUCCACAUGGAUGUGCAAGAGAUGCAUUGAAAGUGACCCUCAUAGACUGAAAAAAAGUGAUAACAAACAAAGAAGAGAUUCACUUAGAAGUCUAUCUUCUUCUAGCACUCAAGAUAGUCAUGUGAUGCCUACAUCAACUAUUAAAGUAUUACCUUAUGAUUUAAGUUCUUUGAACUGGGAUACAUAUCAUAGAGUAAAUAGCGAACAAAUAUAUUGUUACUGUGGAAGUAAUGGAGAAUGGUACAAGCAAAUGCUACAGUGUGGAAGGUGUAGACAGUGGUUUCAUGAAAAAUGCCUUGACUGUAUUCAGUAUCCACUGUACUGUGGUGAUAGGUUCUAUGUAUUUGUUUGUUCAAUAUGUAAUUGUGGACAAGACUUUGUAAGAAGAUUAGAAAUGAAAUGGGUGGACCUAGUACACUUAAUGCUGUUUAAUUUGACAGCAUACAAUUCCAAAAAGUAUUAUGAUCUUGAUACAGUUGUGAUUCCAUAUAUUAAUGAUAAUUGGCAUGCUCUACAGCUACCACCAAAGAUUGCAAAUGUGAGUAAAUCUGAAAGAAGAGAGAACAUAAUGUCUGUAUUAACAAACAACCGCAAUCGAUUCAAAUGCGGUCGUGAGAUCAAGAAACGAACAACUAUAUGGGGGCUAAGAGUACGAUUACCACCACCUGCACCUUGUGUUACUCUACCCCCAACCAGUAUAGUCAGUGAAGAUAAUUUAAAAGAAUUGUGGCAAGGAAAUAAAAGGUUACAGUUUUUACCCAUAGAAAAAAAUGUAAUAGUGAAAAGAAUAGUAGUUACUGAUGCCCAUAUGAAAAAUGUUAUGAUGGGGGUCUCAUAUCAACAAAAUUAUGGGAAUUCAGAAUCUGAUUCACCUUGUCCCAGUCCCGAAACUGUUCAAGAAGAACCUAUUUUACCACCAACUAUAAAAUUACUACAGAAAAAUAAAUACCUGGGUGCAGGAUGUGCUAAAAAGACAGCCCCAUUCAAAAAAAUGAGCUUACAAAGACGAAAAAAGCUUUUAGCAAUGUCUACUAGAGAACGUGAAAGAAUUUUAAAAAGGCCAAAACGAAAAUUAAAUACAGAUCCAAAGGAUGAUACUAAUAAAAUUGAGGGAUUCCCACCUACACCGCCGACAUCCGUUAGUGCCCCUCCCACUCCACCUGCUUCUAACACUACCUCAUUGGUAUCAGAUUUAAGUAACGAUUUUUCAGAAGGCUCCAAUACACAAAGAUCUGCAAAGAAAAGUAAUAUUUUAGAGUUAAAUUCUGAAUUAAACACGCCCUGUGAUACUUCGGGAGAUGAAACAAGUUCUAAAAGUACAUUAGAUACGAUCAUUCCACCUCCCAAAGACUUUGAAGGGAAAAACAAUCCGUUUUUGACUUUAUUGAGAGGAAAUACGGAAGAAAUAAAGAGAAAAAAAGACAUUACCCUCCCACUGCCCUUAACAGCUGUCAUACCAGGUAAGCCAUUAAUGCGUCCAAUGAAGCGUCAGCUGAGCGAAAAGGACAUCAUCAUAGGGCCCAAUGGACAAGUGAAAAGGAAACGUUUUAGGAGGAACAAGAAUGCCACCUUUAUAAGCGGUGCAGGUGUUAAUGGUGGUCAAACUGCUAGCAAAACUGCAGCUGUGGUUCCAGCUAGACCGGAUGCAAAAGAUUGGGUUGGAAGAAAUAGCAUUACACCUACCAAUUCGACUUCUAAUUUAGGUAUUUGCGUGGACUACACCCUUAAUGGCCGUCGUUUGCGUCAACGCCCAGAAAAGCCCCCGGAAAAAGAUAAAAUAUCUAACCCUCCCACUCCCAAGCCCAGUCCUGUAAAACAGGAACCCGACAUUAACUUAGACGAUUUAAAAAGUUCUGUGAAUAUUUAUUUUGGCGCUGCCAAUCGCAUUGCAGCAGGAGAACGUUUCUACGUAAAAGCCAAACGCGUGGGACCCAGCGGCAAAAUGGACUACCUUAUUGAGUGGGAGGGGCCAAGCAAUGGAAUGACCUGAUGGGCCAAUGAGCUGUUUCAACGAUGUGAAGUAAUUAGUUGGUUCGGUUUGUUAUUGGUCAUUUUAUGUAUUUUGACUGUUAAGGUGGGAGUGAGUCUACUGCUCAAAAAUGUACAACAAUAGAUCUGUAUCGUAGGGUUUGACCCUCAGUUACCUAAAUAUUUGUAUUGUUCCUUAUGUUACGUUUUUUUUUGUGAAGUUUUAUAGUUUUUUAUUAGGUUUUCUUUAUUUUUUUUAUUUGAAAGUAUACAUUAAUAUUUCUAUGAAAACUGAACAUUUAGUUCAAGCAUUUAAAUUUCUUGAGGUAUUGUAUGAAUUUUUUAUGUUGGUGUCUAGUAUUUUCAUUUUGACCUUAUUUAAUCUAUACUUGGAAGACUAAAACAAAGCUAAGCUAAGCUCAUUUAAAUUUAAGAUCUGAUUGAAAUUCCUCUAUAUUGUUGACACUUGUACGGGGUUUUUUUUUUUUUUUUUUUCAUUUGAUGUAGACCAAGAUGUAGAUGUUUUUGGAUAAUUAAAAUGAACAGAAAGUGGUCAGAAAUCAGGACAUUUUAAUAAACUUCAUUAAAAAUCAUUGAAAUUUUGAAUGUUAUUAUAUUAUUUUUUCUUAUCUAAUGAAGAUAAUUUUGCAAAUAUUUAUAAAAUCAAACUGCAUUAAACUACAAUAAAAUCGGGACAGAGGCAGAGGUCGAAUGAGGUAUUUUUACCUAGAUUAUAACCCCCGAGUUUUACAUAGCUACUAUCUACGUAGCCUAUACAGAGGCUAACCAAAAAUACAAAACCGGUUUAACGAAAUCUUUACAUUGUUAUUAAAAAAAAGAUAUUUUUUGUAACAAUUCUAGUUUUAUUGUUAUCAGAUGACAUUCUUUGGUCGCCGUAAAGUAAUAAAGUGUAGUUUAUUUCGUUAUAGAGUAGGCAUAAAAGUGGCAUAUCAGUGAUAAUGGUUUACUCAACUGCUGAGAGGGUGCAAAUAAUUUCACUUUGUUUGCGAACAAUGGAUGUGCUAAUAGAGUUGCCCAACUUUUUAACAAUCCAAAUCGACAAGUCCAUCGCAAGUAUAUUUUGGGAAACAAGGUCAGUAACUAACAAAUAACGUGAAAUGUAAAAUGCUGUAGUAAAUGGUACAGAGGUGGCGAUUUUAGGGCAUGUUGUUCAAGAACCCACAUUGAGCACAAGACAGUUGGCGAUAACAUCUGAUAUUAAGAGAAGUAGCAUUUAGAAGCCAUUGAAAAAACACCUAUCAUCCGUAAAAAAUACAUCUGGUACAAGAACUUAACUAAGACGAUUUUGAUAGGCGAUUACAAUUUUGUGUAAUUAUGACUUAAUGAGCAGUAAAUAAUCAGCAAUUUCUUUUCAACUUGUGUUUUUCUGACGAAUACACUUUUUCCUAAAUAGUACGGUAAAUCGUCACAACUGUCAUUAUUGGUCCGAUUCAAAUCCUAGAAUAUUUCAUGAACUGCAUAAGCAACAUCCGGAAAAACUGGCCACUUAAAACUUAAAAUUUAUGUCACCCAGCCAUCAUUACUGGAAAAUCUGCGACAACGGAUAAUUGAUGACACUAGCAAUUUAAAACUCGGGGGUUAUAAUCUAGGUAAAAAUACCUUCAAAAUAAGAUUUUAGGAGAAAGUUUCACCCCCGUUAAAGGGUUUCCGUUCAGCAGGUGAAACUGGCAAAAAAAUAUUUCACCCUAAAAUCAAAAAUUGACGGGUCUGAGCGUUUUUUCGUAAAUGACCUGAGGUGCCUAAAAUUGGCUCUGUUUUGUUUUCAAAUGGCCAGCCUGUAUAUAUACAAUACUCCAUUAUGUGUAUAUUAAUAAAUUAUCAAAAAUCUUCUAAAUUCAUGAUAGUUUUAUAUUCUGUUUUAUAUUCUACUUAUUUCAUUGGUACUCUAGCACCGCAGCACCACUGAAUACCAGUGAUGGCUGCAGCGAGUAUAUAGGAUUGCCAGAUAUCCCGAUUUAGGUGGGACCCUCAAGCAUACCGAUUGUUGAUACUCCCGUCUGCCGCUUCAAUCCUCAAAACUCCAGCAAUUCGACAUUGGACAAUACCUUUUUUUUUUUUUUUUCAAGAAAAUUUUCAUAAAGUCAACGCAUUAAAAUGGCUUUUAAAAACCGGUGGUGACCCUAAGUGUUGUGUGGAUGGAGGGGAAGGAGCUCUUAUUUCCCGUAUAGAGGCCGUGCACCCAAAGCAAUUUUUGAGUUCCGGCGCCUAUGGCUGGUUUGUUGUUAGGAAAUAAAGCUGAAGUCUGAAGGAAUUCAUUUUCAGCAAGGAUAAUGCCACAUUUGAAUUAAAAUAUAUUUGGGACAUAUUUGUGUUGUUUACUGUUACAUAAUUUCUACAAGUUUACUAAGAUAUUACCAAUAGUAUUCGUAAAUAAAGGCCACCGCCAUUUUCCCCUUUUAUACCAAUCUUGUAAUUAGCUACACCAUUAUUAUGCAUAUCGACAUCUCCAUAUAUAGGGAUUUUGUUGAGAUAUUACAAAUGGUUGUGUUAUGUUCAUUGCUCGUUUUUCAAUUCUAUUGUACCUUUUUUUUUGUUUUAUAGGCUCGACAUGGUAAUGUGUACUAUCAACGUGACAACAUAAUUGUCACACCAUCUGGCCAAAGAAAUAAAACAGCUAUCCUCGUUCUCUAUCUUUUUUUAUUAUUAUUUUGGAUGACUGUAAUGGAGCUAUCUUCUCGAAUGCUUACCUGCUCACCUUGUUCGUGUUCAAUUUCCGUAACUGCCUUGUCUAAUGCCAGUUACAACUCCUUUUGUGUAAAUAUUUUCGGAGUUUUUUACCAGAAAAGUCCACAACAGUAUUUUUGUAAUUGUUAAUUGAAGAAUGCUCUAAUACCAUCCGAAUGUCUAACGAAGAACAAUACGACAAGUCUAGAUAAGUAUAAGAAACUGAAUCAUGUUGUUUACGUAUUAGGCCAACGUAUCACUUUACGGCUAGAAAGGUAAAUAAGUUCAAAUAAAGAAAACUUUUAUUUCGGCCUUUUUUAAGUGUCUUAUAAAAAAUAAUAGCAGUUAAUUAAAGAGGUAAGUGCAUGAGGGAGUUAUGUGACAAAAAGUUACUUCUGUGAUAGUUGGACUUAAAGUUUAAAACCUGGAACUUUUUUAAGAUAUGCGUUUUUUAUCCAAAUAAUGUUAAUGUUCUCUUAAAUGUUGUAAAAUUCUUUCAAUGGGGUGAUACACAACAAUACUUGCAUAUUAAAAUUUAAAAAUUGAUUAUUUGUACAUAACACCUUCAUCCAAAAGAAUAUUUUUAUUUUUUACAUGUCAAAAGGAGGUAUGUACACUUACCCCCUUUAUGCCUCUGUAAAGUUAGAUAUUUUUAUCUACGUUAUGGGACUUGUACAUUAAAUAUCUGUUUCAUAUUGAAAGGUUAGGAAAAAACGACAGUAAUGUUCAUCAAAUAUCAAAAUAGGAUAUGAUAGGACGUUGGUAACAAAAACCACCUUAUAAAAGUUCACAAUGUUUAUUACAGUCAGUUAACAGUUAUGCAAACACACUCAUUAGGCAGCUUGCUCAUUUAUAACUUGUUCAUAGAACCAUUUAUGUUGAUCGGGAACAAAACAUAACUUCCUUUAAGUUUUGGAUUUUUUUGUUGGACAAUGAUCCAGUAUUCCUGAAAAGCCUCGGAAUACUGAAAUCUUUUGGGAGAAAUGGUGAAGAACGAGCAUCUUUGUGAAGGACAACCAUUUUAAACGGCGUGUAGGGGUCAUAGGUUUGCUUGAAAAGGUAUGAUCCAAAAGAUUCUGUUCUGAUCCAUUUGAUCCCAUCUCUGAAACGUACCUUUUCUUUUAGGAUAUCUUUUUUCUUGUUAAAAAUCUUCAUUCGUUUGGAUAGAUCCUAAUAUGGCCUCUUGACGCCAUUACAGCAAAAGAAAAAGUCACUUUGUAUUGAAAUCUCAGAGAAAGACACAUUUGUAUCAACACCAAAUAACUAGUUGCAAACUACUUAUAGUUUUUGAGAGUUGACUGGGGCAUGAAGGAGGUAUUAUGCACACAUUUUGUUUUCAACUUGUUUCAAUAUGGUUAUUUCUAGUGUAUAAAGGUGGUAUGAUCAAUAUUUUGACACACACAUAUAUUUUUAUACUAAACAUUUGAUUUACUUACCAGUGCAUAAAGGAGUAUGUGUAGUGUUUAAGUAAUAUAACUCCUUCAUGCACAAGAAACAAUUUUGUUUUACUAUUUUUUUGAAUGCAUAGAAGAGGUACGUGUGCUUUAUGGUUACAUACCUCAUUCAUUCACCAGAAAAACGCUUGUUACUUGUGGAGACUGGACGUAUGUUCUUGUUACAUAUACUCUUCAUGUCCAAAGACAUCACAUUUUGUGAAUACAUACCUCCUUCAUGACCCCAGUUUCUCGGUAAAUAAAACCUCUACAUUCCCAGAGUCUGCGUCAAAAAACAAUCUAACACAUAACACCUUCAUUCCCGCGGACAUCUGAAAUUUUUGUGUUAUAUAACCCCUUCAUGCACUCACCUCUUCAUUUAUAAUAUAUAAUAUUGAUUUGAAAAGUAUCUCUCUCAUAAAAGAAAAUAUUUGGCCGUUUUCAAGUAAACACAAUUUAAAUUAGUUAUUUAGAAAAUAUGUCUAGUAUUUUUUCGUAUUUUUAUUUAACAAUGUUAUUUCACUAAAAAAACAAAUAUAUCUUACAAAAAAAAUGUUAAUGACCCAAAAAAAUAAAAACUAUAGUGUUGCGUAUACGCAACGGUGGUAGGUAAUGAGUUAAUUUAUUCUACCCUCAUAGGUUCCAAUUCAAAAUCAGACGCUCCACUGAAUUCAUCCACAUUGUCGUCGAUGUCCGUGCCGGUUAUAUGUUCAUAAAAUGGCAUGCAUUCGAUCAGAAUUAUGUGAGACGCAGAUUUUUUGUCCUCUAUCUUUGGAUUUUAUAUUUUUUUUCCUUCAAGCCACAGUGGCAUAUGCAAGUGUUUAAAUAAUGCCGGACAACCCAUUUGUUUUUCUGAUAUCUAUUUCAGCAUAAGUUUUGUCUUCAAAAUUUGUUUUUCAGAAAAAUUGAAAAUGGUUUUUUUAUCAAGAAGUACCUUACGUAUUUUUAAACAUCUAACUUUUUUAUUCUCAACACCCAUUUUUUUAUUUAUUAUCUUAAUACACGAUUUACCUGACUAAAGCUUGGGCUUUCUUUUUCUAUCCAAUAGCUUUUGUUAUUCGAAGACUUCUUUGAUAUAUCCAUUCAUAUUGUAUCACAAAAAUAUUCGUUUUCCUAUUUUUAAUACUUCACGCUCACACUCAUAGAGAACCAACUAACGAACUGUCACCAACUCUCUUCCCUAUUAUGCAGAAAGAAACCAAGCCGCUUGGAUUGCUUCUGCAGGCAGGUCUUGCUUAACAAAUUUAGUCGGCUGGUUCAUUGACUAACAAAUAACGCUAGGUACCAGAAUGUGGCCCGGAUCUUUUUAGCAGUAAGGUUACGGUUCUGCAAAAGUCUAAAAAUCUCAAAUUUGUGGGUUACUUCCGUCCAAUUAGACAUCAAGAAGGACAAACGGUCCUCAUAUAUGCAAUCAAGAAUACAUGCUCUAAUAACAUUACUACUACGCCGACCCUAUCGGAAAGACGGCAACAUAGUAUUUCGGUCUUCCGUUAGAAAUACAUUGCCUAUACCUGGCCAUACUGCAUUCUCAUUGUGUCCCGAACUAUAGUUUUAACACACUUUGCAAUAUAAAAUAUUAAAAAAAGGAAAUUUGCAAAUGAACAUUGAAAAAAUUAAGAAUGUCGGGGCCGAUAGUUGUUUUUCUUUUUCAAACGUCAGUUUGGACUUAAUUUGGAGCAGUGCAUACUUAUCACGGACGUUUCACGUAUCUGUCUUAGUUAUGGCUUACUUUAGAAACAUUUUGCUGAUCACACUUUAUUUAUUUAUUUGAAGGUCCAAUAUUUAUUCAGACUAUUGUAUAAUUUCGUAAAUAAAUAAUUCGAAGCGUCAAAAUGUAGAUAUAGAAAUUUGGUUGUUUCUGUAAAAUGUUCAAUUUUCGUAGAUCUGAUAUACAGAAUUGUGAUUUUUUGUAGAUAUUAUUGCAUUACAUUAAAAACUGAAUGAUUAGAACGCAAUCUUCCAAUGUAUUUGUUUUUAAAUUGUAGAUAUUUAUGCCCUUUUUUAUUAUUUUCUUGAUAAAAGGCAGUUCAUUUUUAUUUUAAUGGAAGAUAAUUUAAAUAAUCAAGUUACUAACCUGUUCUAACCACAAUCUUGUGUUAUUUCUAACAUUCCUUCUAAAUCUAGUCACUUAACACUCGAUUUUUUUUUAAUUCAAGACUUAUCUAUAAUAGAUAAAAUCUGUGAUAGCCUAGAUUUUUAAAUUUUUCGUUUUCGACUAUAUCUUCUUUUUAAUGCCACCAGAGCAUAUCAAAUCAACAUAUUUUUAUAUUAGUUUUAAGGUUGAGAAAAAAAUAUAUAUUUUUGUUUUAAAUGAGGAGAUUUUAACAUUUUCAUAAAUAGUAAGUUGUUUAAAUUAAAAGUAAAACUUAAUUUCACAUUGUAAUUAAGUUUGGUCACAAACGUAAAGAAACUAUAUCUAUAAAUGCUAUGAAACUUCCCAAAAAAAAACGUAAAGAAAAAGUGGCUUCUAAACAAACCUAAUUUUUCUACAAUAACGCAGAUAUUCAUAAACUUUUGUACUUUUAUUAAUAUCUAUACUGCCAGAACGAUAAUAUUGAGUCACUGCCAUUUUAUUGUUGAUUUUUAUUUAAGAAAAAGUCUGUCGAUAUCUGCAAAAGACCUUGACAAGGAGUGCUUCAAAUAUGUUUUACUUAGACUUGUUGCAUGAUUUUUUGAUCAGUCUACAGGGUAGCCAAUUAAUUUUUCUGAACAUCUAGAAAAAUGGCUAAUAAGAUGUCUACAUUUCUGAAAUAAUUAACUAUACAGGAUGAAUCAUGAAUGCAGGACAAACAUUUUCUUCAACAUUCCUGGAUCCCACAUCACUAGUCUUGGUGAUUAAUAUACUUUAAUAGUAAUUACCUAUUUAUUUUUACUUCUAGGUGGCUAAUAGGAAGAAUUAAAAUAUUUUAAAUUAGAUAAUUUUUCUACUUAAAUAAUCCAAAAAAAAAAACAGCUGACAAUAUUUUAAUUUUUUUUAUCUAAUUUUGAUUUUGUUUCUUUUUAAUUAUUGGCAAUUUUAAAUAUAUGUAUUAUGGGUAUUUUAAUUGUUCAGAAAAUAAUUUGAUUAAUAUUUAAGGCACAUAGAAUAAUAGUGGUCUGACUCCACUUUUUUUCAUAUAACUGCCCUCGAUUUAAAAUGAGUUGUAUAAUAUGUAUCGUUCAGUAUAAAGUUGGUCUAUCCCCAUAUUUUACUUUUUGACUGAAAGGGGUACUCAUUACAUAAUAGUUUUUCAAAACAGCCAUAUAUGGAGAUGGACCACUGUUAUUCUAUGUGCCUCAUUUGUUACUAAUUUCUGGGCGUGUUAUUCCAUUUUAAAUGUGAUAAAAGUUCAAUAAACCAGUUAAAUAAUAAUAAUAAUCUCCCUACAAUUCACCCCCUUACAAGUGAACCUUAGAAAGGAGAACAUUGUGAGAGGUUAUUAUCUGCCACUGCACUUUGGGACUUACAUAUGGUUUAUGUCAGGUAACUGAAUACUACAAUUAAAUGUAUUCAAAGUAUUGAAUAUAGGUAUUCAGAUACUUUAAAUUUGGAAACAAAAUACCCAUAAAAGUCUAUAGAGCGUCAGAUAAUGACAGAUUUUGCUUUCUCUUUUCUGGGAUUUUACCACUGAAAAUUUAGCGACUGGACGUGUACUGGGUACAUGGAAGAUUAAUUUUCCUUUUGCAGUAAAAAUAGGUUUUUUUGUAAUCUCUCGUUUAUGGCAUUUUAACGCAUUAACAUAUAUAACAAUCUAAUAGUGAAAAAUCAAAGCCAUAAGGUUUGCAGUACUUAAAAGGUUUAAAUAAGGAUGCGAUCUUGUAAAAGAAUACUCUGUUGCUGAUGCAUUUUCUCGCUUAUGGCAAUCGACAGAAUGAAAUUUGAUAUCGUUAGGAACCCGAAAAAGACUCCCAUAAGUUGUUGAGGUAAGAAUUUUUUUUUUUUUUUUCGUUUUCCGGCAAACUUACUCAUUUAUGGCAUUUAAGUUUGAUGAUGGAUAAACAUAAAAAAAUUCCCGUAAGCUCUGCAUGUACCUUAAGAAAAGCAAUAAGUUGUAAAGUUGUAGGAAUUUUUUUUCAGUUUUUCGUUGUUGGGAAUUGGCAUGUAAUAAGAAAAAUUGAUUUUAAGAGUAGGUAAAAAAAGCCAUAAAUCGGAAACAUGAUUCAACGUUUUAUAUAAAUAAAUACAUACAAUUAUUUGAAAAUGCUGCUGCGAGAAAAUUGAAAAUAAUAUGCUCAUUUCUUCUUUUAUGGGAUUUGCCAUAUACAUUGCAAACUUUGUUCUUAAGACUAUAUAAAAAAAGCCAUAAACUGGAGGCAUGGUAAUAUUAAAUAUAAAUAAUUUUUUAUAAAACCGAUUUAAAAUCACUUCAUCAUUUGGCAACAUUGACGUUCGUGUUCCCUGUUUAUAUUUUAAUUCAUAUCAAUUAUAAUUCGAAUUUUUUCUUAAUUGUGAGCUUUAAAUUUGUUUAUUUCUUAUAAUAUGUGAUAGUAUUUAUAUUAAAAAUGAAAUUUGCGAAAAAGCCCCCAGCAAAUUGCAAUCUAUAUUGUGUUAAUGUCAAAAUCUAAACUGAAAUUUUCAUUAUUUUCCAAGCGUAAGUCGUAAAAUUUUGUUUCUUACGAUAAAUUCACAUUAUUGAGAUUUUGCAAAAUUUUGUCUAAAAUCAAACUGCUUUCUGUAUUGUAACAGUUUUAUUACCGUUUAUAUGUAUACAAAGUACUAUACCAUUCACUUCAUAAGAUGUCUACAAGGAUAGUAAGAUUUUUAAUUAAGUUUAUCAAUAAUAAACGUUAGGUACCUGAAAUUUUCUUUAAAUCACAUAAAAUAUGUCCUUUGUUUUAGCAAAAAAAUAUUUCUAGAUGUUUGUGUAGCAACCACGUAGGUGAAGAUUUCCAACAGAUGAGUCAUAAACACAUGAUAAGUAUUAUAUUAAUGACGAAAGCAAACCUUAUGGAUUUGGUUUUUCACGAUUAGAUUGUUAUAUGUAUAUGUAAAUGUGUUAAAAUGCCAUAAACGAGAGAAAAAAAAACUAUUUUUUCUGCAAAAGGAAAUAGUAUAUUACAUUACGAGUGUGGAAAAUCACUUUUCACACAAGUGAUAUUUUUCCUACGACCACAAAAAAAUGUAAAACCAAGGUUAUUAUUACUAUAAUUAAAAUUUAUUUAAAAAAAUAAUCAACAAUAAUCGUAUUUAUUCAAUUUUCAUAUUUUCUAAACUAAAAAUAAAAAAAAAAAUUCUGCCCCGCCAGGAUUCGAACGCAGUCGAAAAAUGGCAAAGUUGAUAAGUUCUACGUCCUAACCACCUGAGCUAAUAGCCCUUGUGUCAAUUGAAUGAUCUAAUUGGUUAUGUAUUUAACCAGAAUAAAGAGCAAACAUUAUUUUAAAAUUAUUUUAAUAAUAAUUGUUUAAAGAUAAAUAUCUAGGAUCUAAUUUACAACGAUUUCAAUAAUUUAACAAUCAUAUCGAUUUUAGUAUUAAUAUGGACAUUACAUAGAUCAAAAUAGAAAUUAGGUGUUUGACAUUUUGUGACAACUACUGCGGAAAGUAAAUUCUUAUUUAUAUGCGUGUGAUAUAGGGCACUUUCCAUAGGACUAUAUAGUGUGAUAUGUGUCACUUUCCUAAGUGGUCGUAGGAAAAUUAAUUUUCCAUACGCCUAGCACACGUCCGGUCGCUAAAUUUUAAUUUUUUGAGCUUACACUUAUAUAAUUUUCAGUGGUUAAAAUCACAGAAAAGAGAAAAUCAGUCGGCAAAAUCUGUCAUUAUCUGACUGUCUAAAUAAGUAAUAAAAGAUAAAAAGCGUUUAGUCUCACUGCAUUAAGAUUUUGUUGGUAUGCAAAUGAUUAUACAUUUUCUUCUUUAUUAGAAAUUUCAUUUAAAAUUGUGGAAUGUUUUAUUUAAAAAUUAAAAAAAUAUAUUUAAUCCUGUAUAAAAUUGAAACUAUACAUCAAGUUUAACUGAAAAAUACUUGGUGUACCCUGAAUCGACAGACUUUUGGUUGUUAUUAAAAUUUCUCAGCUUUCGAGUUUGAGUAUGAAUGUACUGAUUGUAAUUAAUUUAUUUAAAUAAAUUCAUAAUGUUAAACAAUUUGUUGAAUAAUUUUUUGAGGUAUAAUUGCUGGAUGGGUCAUGGUUAAUUAUUUAUUCUUAACUCAUUACUGACUUUAGUUUCUUAAAGAUAAUUUAAUAUAAUCUAAUAUCUGAUUAAAAAGAAAUAAUAUAAAAAUACACAUAUAAUUACAUAUUUUUGUAAUUGAAAUACAAUUAAAAACAGAAAUCUCAAAUCGAUAAUAAUUUAAGAAAUAAUUAUUUUACCACGACUUUAGUGUAUAGUAGUUAGAACAUUAUUAUACAAGGUGUCUCAUUAUAUAAAGUAAGGCAUUUGUUUCCGUAGCUUUAUUUUAAAAAUGCAAGGAUUAUCGAUAUUCAGUAUUUUAGUUUUGUAUUCUUUGAUAUCAACUAUUUGUGAUAAAAAAAUACUGUGGAAUGUAGCUAUAUUUUUACUUCAUUGAAAGAUUAACUUUAAAAUUAGGUAUUCCAAAAACGAUAAAUUUUAAAUAUUUCGGGAAAACAGCAGAGUUUCAAUGGCACAAUGACCUUCAAAAUAUAUAUAAGUAUCAUCUUUCGAUCUCGUAUUCUAGAAAAUGACGUCCCUUUAGGUGUUUUUCAAAUUUCGGAAUAAAGAGUAGUCAGACAAAUCUAAAUCCAGACUACAAUAAAUAAUUCUCGAACUCAAAGAAUGGUGUACAUUCUUUCUAGGUAGGACAGGUUAGACUUUAGUAGCUUUGUGAAUUCAAGCGCUAUCCAAAAACGGAGGACAUUUUUGUGGUGCAAACCAGAACUUUUUUCGUCAAUAGCUCUACGUGAUAUUGGAGGUAACUGCAAUUGUAUUGUUUUUGGCAUGUAUUCAUCAUGAAUAAUUCCAACUCGGUCUAAAAAGACGGUGCUUCCUAGGUGAAGAUUGUGUUUGGACAUAUUUUAGAAUCUGACAUGGACUCUCAUUUUGUUCUGCAUCUCAGUAAUGUGCCCAAGUAUCAUCGACUGUCACUAUCUUAGAGAAAAAGUAAGGGUCAGUAACCAAGAUUUAUUUGUUGCAAAACUCUUUAUAAAACAUAAAAUAAUAAAUUACAAUCAAAUUUGACACAUAAAUAGAAAAAUGUUGAACGUUACUAGUCUACUAUUUGUUUCUAUCAGGUUGGGUAGAAUUUUUUCUAGUGUCUUAAGUAUCCAUAUCAAGUUACAUAAGUGAUUUUGUCCACCAGAACUUAUGUUAAACCUUUAGGAUUGAGUCAAUUUAGGAAUUAUUCUAUCUAUCUGAAUAUAGCUGAAGUCAAAUCCCACUAGUACUAAAAUUAGUCAUACUGAACCCAUAUUAGUUUGUUAUACCAUCAAAUUAAUACACAAGGAUUCUCUAAAGUCGGAACUACAGCUUAUGGAGUUCUCUUUUAAGCAGAGUAAAAAAAAGAUCGCAAAUGCUCACAAAUAUAAGCAGAUGCUCUCUUCUCCUUCUCGACCUCGACACUCCUUCCAUAUGUCACAGAAACCUCAUUGAGGGUUGCUUGACUACCGCUCAUGGUAUACAAUAUUUUGAGUCAUACUUCUAUUACAGUUAUUGCGGCCUAAAAGACUGACUGCUCUUUUAGAAUAACGAUUUUCCACGGUAAGUUCCGUUUCGGUGGGUACUGUUUAGCAUCUUUGAACAGAGUAUCUCGGAUGCGAAGCCCGGCAAAGAACAACGAAUUACGUGAGAAUUCUGUGACUUUGAAACUUUAAAUGUACAUCGCUUGGUGUUGUCAAUUUUAAUUAUAUUCAAUUAUUUUGACUACAAACAUUGGGCGCGUUCAGCCGACGCAACAGUUGAGUAUGGUAACUUGUUGGGUCUUCUGAACGUCACUUGUUGAGUUUUGGUUAGUUUCAACCGUUGCUCAACAUCGGCACCAGGAAAAUUCUGUGGUGACUUUUGUAAAUGAAGUAUUGUACUCAGUGUUGCAAACUAAAGGAAUUUUUAAUUUAGUGAUUUCUAGUGUUUUUUUUAUUGAUUUUAAACCACUCUAGGAGGAUGAAGAACACGAUUUUUGUUGUUUUUAAAAUUCUAAAGUUAAACCAUGAUGAAAAAUGUCCAUUAUGACUCAUUAUGACUUAGUAUAUUUUUACAUGGUCUUAAUUUGUGACCGAAAAAGAGUUUAUUUAUAUCAUCACUAGAUGUCACCACGUGUAUGUGUAUUGUCUAACCGCUGAACCAAGUUAUACCUUUCGGAUACUUUUAAUUGUUGACUUCCACCAUAUCAGAAACAUGUUUUCGGUUUUAAUCAACUGUUGCGUCGGUUAAACGCGCCCAUUGUUACCUUGUAAAUAUGUUCUAGUUGCCAGGGUUGGUUUAAGCAGUAAAUAGUUUAAUUCAGUAGGUAGCACUUCUUGUAUGGUAGAAUAAUUUGACUAAAAGUUAUUGAUUUUUAAACAUACUGGUAUGCGUUAUGAAAAUAAGGUUAAUGAGAUUUAAAAGAAAAGCCACAAGAUUUGUUUUAUUCAAUAAAAAUGUUAUGCACUUCUAAUGACAGAAAAAUGUAAUGAAAAUGGCGACUUGAGUAAUUAUUUGAAGUUAUAAUUUUAUAUUUGAAGACUUAUGGAAUGAAAAUGAUUUUAUAUCAUUUAAAUGAAGCUGUUUAAAAAACAAUGGCAUUUAUUCUCACCAAAACAGACUAGCUCCACUAUCUCGAGUUUGACAUAUGACGUAAAAGUGUAAUGCAAAGGAGCGGACACUUUAACAUCGUCAUAUCAUCUCCUCUUUAUUCUAUCUCAAUGGUCUUAUUCAAUUGAAAUAAUUGCCAAGUCACUUAAUCUUUCUUGUCCCUGUGUGUUUCUUAAGGUAGUUCACUCGCAAAAUGGCUUUUCUUAAGAAUUCAAUAAAAUUGAAAUAUAAGGUUAAUGAGUGUCUUCUACGUAACUAAAAAAAUUAAAAACACUGAAUUUUUUGAACGUCUUGGUAAAGAUAUAGAUUUUUAAAAUAAAAAUAUUUUUAAAGCAGUCGACGCCUAGUUGCGUACAAUGGUUACAACUUGGCAACAUUGUAAUCGCUACACUUAACGCGCGGUAACUGAAUUACACUCAAUCAGCUAAGAGGUUGUUAUAACCUCGCAACGUGUUCUUGAAAAAUUAAUUCGUCCACUGUAUUUGAGAACUGAAAUUGACUGUUCUGUUUGAACCAAAACAAACCCUUAAAAUUAGUAUGAGGAAGUCACACAUUUCUAUAGCCCACCAUUCAUAUAUUUGCUACGUUGCCGGAUGGAUUUUAUUUGAAAUUAUAACGUAUCUGCAUACAUAAGCUUACAUGUGUUGAGUACAGUACCUUACAAAAAUAACAUAUUUUAGCAUUGAGAAUCUCGAACUUUUGGUAUUCACUAUUAGGCGACAGUUUUAUGUACGACCAUCGCGAGUGAACUACCUUAAGUAGGUAUGAACGUUUUAAACCAGAAAAAGAUCGUUCUACUGAAGCGCUACUAGCUGGUAUCGUUACAAUUAGCUUGGAUAAAGUAACAAGUUGCGGAACAACGUGACACAUACUAUUCUUUUAACAACAUUUGAACUUGGUUAAAAAAGUAAAUAAUUAUGUUCGUUAACUCUUCAGCAGUACGACUGGAGCUUACAUUAACAAACCCGACGAAAUGGUCAACAAUUUCGUGAUAUUGGUGAAAAUAUAAUAAAAUUUCGCAAAGUUGUUCCUUUUCGCUAACGUCUGGGGUUUCAUCAAUCAUAACGGCAACAUAGUCUUUUUACUCUAUUUCUAUAUGAAUUAUAUUUUUACAGCAGCUAUACUAUUAAAUCAUGUAUUCGGUUAGAUAAUCCACUGAACCCGGCCCUGGUUUUGUUUUGGUCAGCUGAUUGUUGUAAAUGGUAAUUCAAAUUGCAGUCAUAAUUUGCAAAUAAUUUUCCCUCGGUUUGCAGAUUCUACCGAUUCAAUAUGUCGACGAGCCUGUGGAUCCAAGGGUCCCAGGUUCGAAUCCUACCGUUGGCCGGGAUUUUUUUAUUUUAUUUAAUUAUUUAAAAUUAAUUCUGAUGCCUUGGUAGGAUUCUCCACUCGACCAUUCACUGUUGGGCUCUGUUCCUAAAGUGGCGCAAGGAAACAGUAACAAGGCCUGUCUGUAGGGGUGUAGGAGUAUUAGAGUACUAAUACUCCUGCACUAUGAAGUAUUAGACUACUAGUACAAUCCAUAAACUAGAUAGAACACUAGGCUAAUGACCUUAGAUGUUUAAUCCGUAAACAAAAAAAAAAUAUAUGUCGACGAAAAAGCAGCUCUUGUUUUGCCAAGUAACAUGUAAUAUCAAUAAGUCUACGCAUUACAUUUCGAUUCCUAAUUUCUAUCUACUUUGGCGGCCGGGUCAGGUCGACUCGGAUCGACGCCACAAGCAGUGCUUUUCUGCGCCAUAUGAAUUUUUAUUACUCAGCUGAAAUUGCUUUCCUUAUAAUAUUUUAUUUUAUUAUUAUGAGUUAUAAGAGGACGAAGACAGAUAAGUGGUUGGUCUUUUUUUAUAGUUAAUUAAAAAAAAAAUAUGUGUAUUUUACUGGUAAUUUUUCUAGGGUAGGCGAUGCUUUUAUGCUUCUACUGUAUGCGCGCCACUGGCCACUAGGUUCCACAAUGGAGGAGAUAUUACUCCAGCCUGUGGGCAUACCCUAUGGAUAUUCACCUGCAUGGUUACACUGAGCAUUUGCGCAUGUACUUGCCGUCCGCGUAACAUGUCUUCUAGCUAUCAGCAGAUGGUGUAUUCUAUUCUAUGUUUACGAGCGGCAGCUACCAUUUAUUUAAAGGAGGUAUUUUCAAAAGCUCCUUCUAUGAAAUGCUCCUAUCACUAUUUCUUGGCUACUGAGUCCCCCUCUAUCUUGGUUACAAGACGAUGCAGAGCCGAUUUACAAGAUUUUCUUAAUUGAUAGGCAUGUUGGUUUGUAUGAAAUGGCCUCUCUAUCAGAGUGGUUUGCUGGACAUGCUGAUCAAUCAGUUUUUCCAAUUCUUUCAAUAGAAAUGACGUCAGUUAUUUGUCUUUAGGCAUUUACCACGGCAUAUGUUGGACGCCCUAAUUUAGUCAUAAAAACCACUCUGCUUUGUUUCCAGUUGGUACAUGUUUAUCCACCAAACUUGCCCUGUAGAACCUACAAAUUUGCGGGGCCAGUGUUUCUAUUGCCUCUUGCAGAAGCACAGGCAAUACCUCAUCUGGUCCCGGUGAUUUGUAGUGAGUUCCAGUUCGAGUGGGUUUGGUUUGCUGAAUUCGGGUUUGUUGUGCAAUCAGGAAAAUGAGUUUUGAGAAGUAAUUCUAAUGUCUAUCCAGUUUUAGUGCAUUCCCCUGUUUGGGUUUUUAAAGUCCCCACAGGGUUUAUUGGAUCUUUUGCUAGAAUGCGGUGGUCUGCAUCCUUCAGUUGUAUUUUCAAUUUCCUGACAGAAUUUUUCCUUUAAGAGUUUUGUUAAACUCUGUAUUUUGGUGUAUUCCCCCCACUCAUUCGUCUUUUUCGCCUUAUUAAAAAGUUAACGUGUUUUCCUUCUGAUUUUGGUGAGUUCGGUUUUCCACCAGCUCACUUCCCUAGAAAUUUUCCUGUUCUUUAACGAACGUAGUUGUUCUGCAACUUCAUCUAUAUCAUUUUUAGUAUUAAGAGAAAACCGAACACCUCGAAAAUUUGUAAAUCAUUCUGAGCCUUUAUUUUUAAUCCGAUUUUUGUAAAAUUUUCAGGAAAUACCAAUAAUAACAAAACUUAGGGUGGCGAAACCUUGAAUUUUUUGUAAACCUUUGAAAAGUAUUAAUUUUGAAAAUUUUUAAAAGGAAUUUCAAAAAAAAACUUUUAACGCGAAAUCCAGUCCUUUUGGGUGUUUUAAUAGUGAUGUCACAGAUGCAAAAUGCAACGUCCGCAAAAUAGAAAAAAUAAUAUAAAGAAUUCAUUCCAUAAUAUUAUUAUUUACUAUUGAGUUAAUAACUUUUUAAAUCUAAAUUGUGAUAUAUAAUCUAUAAAUAUUUUCCAUUAGGACUAGCUUUUCCAGAUCCCUGUAUUACAAAUAAUUUACCUUUUCAGUGAAGUUAAAAUAUACAAAUCAUUUUAUUUAAAAUAUUAAUAAUUUAUUUUAAGACAAACAAAAAUAAGUUAUCAAUAAUGUUCCAUAUGAGAUUACCGAAAUUAUUUGUAGAGUAAUCCGUAACUGUAGCAUGAAAUUAUUGGAUAAAACCCAUUUUAUUGAAUUUUAAAUUAAAGCAGUCGCACCAAAACUCAUUUUAAAAUAUACGUUUACAAUUUAAAAACUUACAUGGCAAUCUCAUGAAUUAAAAAUGAUAUCAGAAAAGUAAAACUAAUAAAACAAUUUGCACUCUUGGGCUAGAAACAUUUAAUUCAGAUAAUGCCACCCAUCUUCUUUUUAAAUGUAAGUUCCCUCUUUCAUAUAUUAGAAACGGUUUUAACCAUUUUCUGAUAUCUUUAGUAAUAAUAAUUUGUUUAUUUGCAAAAAGUAUACACAAUAAUCAUGACCUACAUAUAAAAAUACAAAGUCAAAGACUGUCCGUGGUUUAGAUAGUGAAAAGAAUAACCAUUGUGUAUACAAUGGUAUAACUUUAAAAUUAAAUCAACAAGAGUAAUAUUAAUAAUAAAAAUAACGAUAAGUCAUAUAAGAUAUAUCCAUAUAAGUUUUUGAAUUGUCACUCCAUAUAUUAAAAACCAAUCUUUUCAUAUAAAAUGUUUACAUAAGUAGUGGUAAAAGAACGAUAAAAGCAACAAUAUAAUUAUUUUUAUCGCCACCCAUCAAUAAAGCCAUGUAUUACCAUGGCGAUUUGCAAGAGUAAACAAACACUAUCUCACUGUAAAAAUCAAAUAUUUUAUAUGCCGUUAAGAUUUAUCAACAUAGCCAUGACCGUCUAACAGAAAUAGUCUGUAACUGAUUUGUUUUGUAUUCGCUGUUAUUUUUCUCUUUGUUUACUUUGCCAUAAUAAAAUGUGAUGCUAUAAUAUCGCCUUUUUUAUUAAUUAUAAUUAUUUAGGGUUGGCGAUAAAAGUUUGUAUGGGCCACGUCAGCAAAAUGUCUAUCGAAUUCGCUUCUCUCGCUCGGCUCAUAAUCUCUGACUAGUACGAUAAAGAAUCACUUUCCUGACUUGCUAUAUAAAUAUUAAUAAAUAUACGCUUCGGUAAUGUUUUGCCUUUUUUGAGACACCAUGUAUAUGCGCUAUUAGAAAAGGUGUUUUUCUGUGAGACACUCGUGUUUUUAUUUAUUUAUUUAUGAAUUACGAUUGUAAUUUUUUACACACCAAAUAUUUCUAUUUUAAAAUUGAUUAUAAUUCAGAAUAAAAGGGUAUUUUUAUUCAUAAUUACCAUUAUAAUCUGUGAUUAAAAAAUUAUUGUAUAUAUUUAAUCAGCUUUUAAAUUGAAACUGAAUAAAUUUUAAAAAAUACAGGGUGUUCCAGAUAUUUACUAUAUUGUGCUUGUUUUUAGUUUAAACCAAAAAUGCAUUGAAAUCGAUGGAUAGUAGAUGUUUAUAAAAAUAAUUGGUGUGGAAGAUGUUGACUGCUUUACAAAAUUCUCUAGUCUAUUUAAUGUUUCAAAAAGAACUACUCUGUAUAUAGAAAAAAAUAAAUAAAACUAUUCCUCCCUGAAUAAGAUUUCAAAUGGUUGAAGUCGUUUAAAAACAAUUUAAUUCUAUUAAUGUAUUGAAGAAUAAUGGAUGUCCUAAUAAAAUGGAUUAUACAGAAUAAUCCAAAGUUACAAUUAAUUAUACCGUUGUAAGAAAAAUUAUAAGUUUCAUUAUCUCUGAAAAACUUAUUAUUUGCCAUUUUAGGAGUACUUUAAUCAAUUUUUUAUUAGUUUCAAUUUUAGCUGUUGUGGGUAAAAGUAGUUCUAGAAUUUGUUCUUUUUGUUAUCGCUCAGAAACAACUGGUUACCAUGGUGUAUUAGAAAAUAUAGAUAUAAAAUACUGUCAUAUAUGACAUUGAAACUUGAUAAUAAAAUUUGAAUAAGGAUAAUUUCCUGACCGUAGUAGAAUUUUAUAUAGAUAAAAAUUUCCUUGGUUUAUUCUGUCAAUAGUUUUUAUUUUUUAUAAUUUAAGCACUACAUGUUUCGGAUUUUUCCAUCUGGUGCAGACAAUAUAUAUUUAUAAAAAUAUGGGGGACGAAUACAAACAGUUUAAAUUUUUAAAAUAAUGGAGACCCCAUCUUUCUGUUUCGAAAUAAUUAAAUAUUUUGAAUACACCUUCACACGCUGUGAAACAGAAAGGUGGGGGACUCUAUUAUUUAAAAAAAAAUUUAAACUGUAUUCGUCCCCCAUAUUUUUAUAAAUAUAUUGACUGCACCAGAAGAUGGAACAAUCCGAAACAUUAGUGCUUAAAUUAUAAAAAAUAAAAACUACUGACCCAAUAAACCAAGGAACUUUUUAUUUAUUGAAAAUAAAAGCUUUUAUUGCCAAUCGUCAAUUAUUAGGCAUUCCAAUGACCUGUCAAACAAUAGCUGCCAGUGGGAAGGACUCUUAUAUCUAAGGGGAUUGCGACAUAGCCCUCCAUCUUGGACGGUCUUUUUAUUUGAAAUAAUAAUCGCCAAGCCUGCCCAUUUAUGAAAAAUGUAUAAUCGUUUUUUUUUUUAAUAUUUAAAAUUAAUUAUUCCUGAUUUCACGUAUUGUAGAUAGAACACACAUUGCAACCCUUUAGACUUACCAAACCUUUCCGCUGACAGUUAUUUUGUAUUGAAUGCCGAAUAGAGCCAAGCAUUACCAUAGCGAUUUUCGGAAUUAAACAGGCAUGUAGUCUCUACACGUUACGAUUUUUGUGAGAUUUGGACUGUACAGUCCAUCGAUUUAGUUCAUAGUUCAAGGUGAAGUACUCGAUCUGACUCACAUCUGGCCUCUCCUCUUUUAUCUAAUAUGGAGAUGAAGAGUGAAAUGAGUUGUAUCUUACUUUUAGAUCAGAACUGUGAGUUUUGGCCUGUAGGCCAUAUCGGAGCGUCAGGGCCUCCAUUACUGUUAAAAUCAAAAACUUUACCUAUCGCUAAAAUUUAGCAACAUGUGACGUUAAACAGAAAUCGUUUGUCACGGUCACGGUUCCAACAGUAAAAAUUUUGUCGUGAAUUAUUUAUAGAAAAUAAUGGAAGAUAUUCAGUGCACACCACCUAAAAUUUAGAAAGGUAUUUCGAAAAAGUCUACCACAAAAAUCACCAUGGUGAAAGCAACCUUUUCAGCACAAAAAUGACGUUGAUAUUAGUACAUACAAAAAACUUAGUUUUUUUAAAACAAAAAAGAAAAAAAAAUGGGGUGUUAUGAGUCGCAUGUUAUUAGUCACACUUCCAGGAUAUAUGCACUUCCAAAGCUACAGAGAAAAUCAGAGCGUAGGAGGUGUAUUAAUAUAGAUAUGCGAAACAGCAUACAUGGGAUCCAAAUUAGCCUUAGUGAAAAUUUUAUUGCUACGAAGAUUAUGUCAGUAUGGGUGAGAUCAAGAUCGGUAGAUCAAACAUGCUUCUGUCAUGUAAUUACCGUCCUGGGCUUGUUGGAAUGAAAGAAAAUACACAUUUGAAGAAACAAACGUUAUAUUUGGAGAUUUUAACUAUCGAGAAAUAGACUGGGCAACUCUUAACACUAACUGAAAGCAACAUAGAAGUGAGAGAUUUAUGAAGUCAUACACAGAGUCCAGUUUCAAACAACUUUUCCCUACUAGAGUGCGCAACUAUCAGGAAUCCACGCCCAGCUCACUAUUAGUCAAUGAAAAAAAGUAAUAACUAACAUCCAUUAACUCUUAAUCGCCUUUUGUUUUGAGUGAUCAUGUAGUCAUUAAGGCAGUUACACAACUUAAUAUUUGUUCCAACACAAUAGUAAAUCGGUUUACGUACUGUCGGGAUUCUGCGCAGUCUAGAUUUGGUGUUCCAACAAACUUCGGACUCAACAUGUACAAAAACAUAGUAAUCCAACACACCCAAACCUAAUCGCAAAUUAGUUUUUGUACUGUCAAAUCAGUUCCUGGGUCUGAAUAUAAACGAAUUGUCAAGACAUGCGCAAAACUAAAGUAAGCUCGUAAAUAAACCACGACCAAUUUGGAAAUUUCGAGAUUAUAUUUGGUGUGAUAGUAUUGAUCGUAGUCUCGAUACAAGGAUUAUUUACUAUUAUCCAUGGUAAUUUUUUGGCUUUCAUUCAUUAUUAUUAUUAUUAUUAUUAUUUACAGUCUAUUAUUUGAUACGUGUAUCUGUUGAAUUAUAAAUAAUGAGUGAAGAAGGUGAAAAGGACUAUUAUUCUGACUUAAAUAUAGUAAAAAAUUAAAAUAAAUAAAGUUUAAUGUACAGACCAAACGAAUUAUCAAAAUGUAUUAAUCUUCUAAUGAGUUUAAUAGUUUAUUGUUUUAUUUCCCAAAUUCAAAAUGUAACAUUUUUUUUUAAAUUUGUUUUAACUUUUAAGUUAUUGACAGAGUGUGUCUGGCAACAGAAAAAUGUGUUCCAACACCAAGUUCCAAAUUUAAUCCCAAUUUUCGACAGGUCGUAGACUAUCAGUCGUCGACAAUAAGUUGUGGACUGGUUUGUGCAUGGUUCAAAGAUUGUUGUUGGAACAAAUCUCUAAUAUCCAAACCGGAUCCACAAACAUACUGCACAAAGUAAUAAAUGACAAUAUUCCACUAGAAGUAAUAAAUAAAAACCCUGGAUCAAUCGAACCAACUUUAGAGAAAUUAAUAAAAACGGAACUAUGGCACAAGUACAGGUCGACAAGAGCUGAGGAAGAUUGUGCUGCAUAUAUAAAUCAGAAUAAUAAACUUAAAAAUGUAUUGGCUGUAUCUAGAAAAGAUUAUGAACAUAAACUCUUACAAAGUGGCGAAAAGAAAUUUUACUCCUAUGUGAAAAGAAUCCUGAAUACAAACAGCACUCGGAUCACUCUAAGAAACCCAACGACAAAUUUAGCAAUCACAAAACCAGCUGAAAUAACGGAAAGAUUUGCAGAACGGUUCAGUGAAGCUUAUACAACAGAACCUGAUAAAGAAUCACCGCAAAUAACUGCAACAGAAAGAGUUGAGAAGAGCAUAGUAAAUAUAGAAUUUACCCCAGAAAAAGUGAAAUUUGCAAUAGAUAGUCUUAAACAAGAUUUAACUCCUGGAAUAGAUGAAAGUCCACCCAUUUUUCUUAAAAAAUGUUCUAAUAGCCUUUUUAAUCUCCUCGCGACAGUUAUGAACAACUCUAUGCAAAAACAAGCACUGCCAAUGGACUGGAAACAGGCUAUAGUCACUCCUAUAUAAGAAAGGCGACAAAAAGAAUCCCAUAAACUACCGUCCAGUCAGUCUUACAAGAUCUCUUGUUUAUUAGUACCAUUUAUGUAUUUUUUAUAUUGUAUAUUUUGAAUAUUGUUAUUUUUACUAAUAAACUUAUUAUAGCUGUAUCGGUAAAGCAAUGGAAAAUAUUAUCACAAAAGAAGUAACCGAUUUUAUGAUGCAACACAGUUUUACCCCCAAAAGAUCUGGUGUUACAAAUCUUCUAAGUGCCGUUAAUCAGUGGACAGUUUGGAACGACAACAACCAGACAAUUGAUGUGAUAUAUCUUGAUUAUGAGAAAGCUUUUGUUAAAGUUCCACAUAGACGGCUGAUUAGCAAACUAGAAUAAGAGGCAAUCUAUUAUUGUCUUUUAUGCAGACGACGGAAAGAUCUACUGCAAGCCACUGGAAAGCUUUUCACAAAAAGAAACAAGACUUGAAUAAAAUAGGAAUCUGGUCCCAGCAAUGGCUACUAUACAAUAUUGCACAUUGGCCCACAUAAACCCCACACACAGUACACCAUAGAUACAAAUGCAAUAACUCCAGACGAAACACAAAAGGAUCUUGGUGUAAUCAUAUCUAGAGACUUAAAAUGGGAAACCCACAUUGGUAUAUAGUGAAGAAAGUCAACAGUCUCAUAUACCUUAUCAAAAGAGCUUUUAAAGACCAUUUCGAAGACAUGAUCCUGAAACUGUAAACAACUUACAUAAGACCAAAGAUAGAAUUUGCACAGACCGUUUGGGACCCAUACUUUGUUAAAGACAUUGAACUGCUGGAAAGUACAAUGAAGAAUCACCAAAAUACCACCAACCCUACAAAACAAUGAGUAUUGUGAUCGGUUAGCCAAACUACAACUUCUGAAGUUUAAAGGAUUGAAGCACUAGACUUGAUAGAAACUCACAAGUGGACCAGCGGAUAUUACACCUGUGAUAACAUCUUCCAGGCCAGCACAUCAAGAACUUUGAGAGGUCACUCAAAGAAAUUAGAUAAAGAAAAGUGUAAUAAACUGCAAAGAAAAAAAUUCAUUACAAACAGAACGUAUAUCUGUGGAAUGGUCUCCAGAAACAAGAGAGGUCACUCGAAGAAAUUAGAUAAAGAAAAGUGUAAUAAAUUGCAUAGAAAGAAAUUAAUUACAAACAGAACGUAUAUCUGUGGAAUGGUCUCCAGGAACAUACAGUCUCAGCCCAGAACAUAAACCAGUUCAAGCCGAAAGUGGAUAAGGAACUCAAAGAAGGAAGAAAUAAUGUUAUUCAUUAUAGUUUAUAGUAUAUUAAGUUUUAACUGUCAUGUAGUAAUUUAGAAUAAUUUUUGUCGCUAACUAAAAGAGCAGCUUCAUCGACUAUGUCGCUUGCCUGUUAUUAACAAUAAUAAUAUCUCUAUUUUUAAAUUAUAAUUUUUUACGGUUGGCAAUAAAAGUUUUUAUGCACCAUGUCAGUAAAGUGUCUUUAUCGAACUCACCUGUUGUAUAUGCCUCUCAUACUAGUUCCGAUGACGAAUUACUUUGCAGACUUGAUACAUAUGAAAUAAACUUCUUAGUGCUAUAAAUUUGUUUUUAUUCUGUAUUACUCCUAUUUUAAAUUGUAAGUUUAAGUUGCAUUAAAUACUCAGUAUGUGAGUAAUACAAAAACUAAUGUGGAACCACUAAAUUGCUGGCAGUAUGAAAAAUUUAAUAUCUUCAUGUUGACUUUCAUAUGUAUUGCCAUCGUCAAUAAUAAUAUAAUAGUGUUCCCAAUUUGACAUUUGUCCAUUCUUUAUGUCAAGUAGUAAUUUUAGACUAAAUCAUUUAUUUAAACAUGUACAUUAUAUAGUUACUUUUGGAUGUUUCUAAAAAAGGUGCCCCGUUGUUAGGUUAUGUAGAAUAAGUGGAGUUAGGUUAGUAAAAAUUGUAACGGCAUCCGUAUUCGAGAUACAAGGUGUUCAAAUUUCAAUAUUUUUUUUGUAAUUUAUAAACACAUGCAGACACAAGUUCAAAUAGGUACUGUCAAAAUUAAUUAAAACAAGAAAAAAUUAGACAUUCCAAACAAGAGGACUGUCAGUGAGAAGGGUUUCUAAGGGGUUGCCGAUAUAGGAUGUAUUCUAUUUACAAUACAUGAUUAAUGGAUUACAUUUAAAUAAUUUAUGUCGAACACAAUGAAAAUAUUAAAAAAACAUUUUUCAUUAUUUGAUAGGCUUGGCGACUACUAUUUCGAAUAAAAAUAGCGUUCAAGAUGCAAGACUAUGUCGCAACCCCCUUAGAUAUACGAGCCCUUCUCACUGGCAGCUAUUGUUUGAUAGGUCAUUGGAAUGCCUAAUUAUUCACAUUAAAGCCAGAGCCUACUAGACCAUUUUAUAAAUUUAACUUUUAUUUAGCAAUUUAUGCAGAUAUAAAAAAGCUACAAGAGACCAAAAAGUUCUAAACGAAAUAAAAUUCAUUUUAUAUUCUACCAGUGACGCAUCACAGGGGAAGAAAAGGCGGCAUAACCCCUGAAAAAAUAUCGUGUAGAUUUUCACAACCAUUUGACAUGCCUAAUGAUGUUGUAAACCCUAUAGCAUAACCUAGAUUCCAAAUUUGAGCUAAAUAGAGAGUUAUUGCAAGUUCACUUAAGGUCAGUCACUAUUAGUGCCGCUCUUAUUUUGACAUUUGAGCAUGCGCAGAUCACUUACAUUCUAGAACUGACUUUAAUAAAUAUUGUACUUGUCCUUAAUUGUGGAUGUUUAAGGACAGCGGUUAGUGGCGACUUUAUAGUUUUCGGGUGCGCUUGUAUCAGUUCGAAAUAUUUAAAUAUUUAAUAUCAUCGUUAUCUAAACCUUCUAAAAUGGUAAUUUCCAAUGCCUUUUUCAUAUUAUGUACUAUUAUAAACAACAAAAAAGAUGAACUAUAAUUUAAAAUUAGGUUUGAAAUAUAUAUAAGGACAAUGACUCUAAUGUAAAAAUUUCAGGUUUGCAAUAAGUCUUAUUUUAGCAUGGAAUUUAUUUACCUCUAAUUACGUUGUCACUAUUAGUGGCCGACGUUAUAGAAAUUUACAAUAACUCUCUAAUAUCUCAAAAAUUGCAGGAUGUAUAAAUAAAAAACAAAAAAUCUUGACAUUUCAACUAGUGCUGGCAAAAACCGAAAAAAAUCAAAACCGCUUAAUCGGUUUCUAAUAAAACCGGUUUCGGUUAUAACCGGUUAACCGGUUUUGGAAACUAAAAAUCGGAUUCGGUUUCGAAAACCGAAAAUCGGUUUUAAAAACCGAAAAUCGAUUUUAAAAACCGAAAAUCGGUUUUAAAAACCGAAAAUUGAUUUUAAAAACCGAAAAUCGGUUUUAAAAACCGAAAAUCGGUUUUAAAAACCGAAAACCGGUUAAUCGGUUUCAGUCAAAACCGCGGUUAACCGAAAACCGGUUAACCGAAAAAUCGGUUUUCGGUUUCAGUCAAAACCGCGGUUAACCGAAAACCGGUUAACCGAAAAAUCGGUUUCGGUUGCCAGCACUAAUUUCAACACCCUGUAUCUCGAAUACGGAUGCACUUUUUUAUUAACCUGACCCUACUUAUUUUUUAACACUUUACCUAACCUAAAAACGGAACCAUCUUUUUUUGAAACACCCUGUAUAUAUCUUAAUUUUUACCCUUCAUUAUAUCUUGUAUUUCUAGAGAUAGUAAAACUCCUAAUUAUUUAUUUAACGGUCUUGGAUACCUGGAUCUACAACAAGAUAUACAUUUAUUUGGUAUUAUUGAAUGUUAUUUAUCUUUGAAUGUUAAUUUUAUGGUGUAAGGUCAUUGUACAGAGGAGGUAACUGCAUAGGUAAAAAGGCAAUAUAGACAAUUCUCUAAUAGACUUACUUCCUCUGUACUGUAAUGUGUCUUAUAGUAUUUUAGCUUAUAAUUACUAAACUUGAAACUUUUACAAUUGGUCUGAUAUUGUACAUGGAAGAGGGACAUAAUACUUUCUAGAUCAAAUUGAUAAAAUUUCAAUCCACUUGUUUUUUGUAUUCAAUAUUUAGAUUACAACUUAAUAUUAAUUUAAUUAGUUGUUUGUAAUUAGCUUGAAUGAGACUGAAAUCUGGAUUAUUACAUUUUUAUUUUAUGUAUUACUUAUAAUUAGUUUAAAAUAAACCCUUGUAGAUCUUUGUAAAUAUUUUAAUUUAAUAGAGUGGAAAUUGUAAAUUAUAUUAAAACCAUGUAUUUCUAAAAUGCAUACAAAUGGAAAUUUCAAUAAUGAAUAUUGUAUUUUUUUUAACUUUAUUUAAAUAAAGCAACAUCUAAAAAUAUUACUGUAGAGCCGGAAUGGCUUUUUUAUUUUUCAUUUUUAUCUCAGUAGUCCUUACUAUGAUAAUAAGUCUCGACUAAGACAAAAACCUUCACUCCUAUUUUUUAAGACUACCGAUAUAUUCCAGAAGAAUACUUUUUGUAAUGGAAACAAAGUACCAUGUAGGGAACUUACUCAGAUUGAAUAUAAAAAAAUCAGACCAAAAAGAAUCUUUGGAUAGAAAAUGAUGGGAGAAGAAGCAGAAUUCGAUAGAAAAGCAUUGUAGUCCUUAAGGAAAUCCAGUUCAAAGGACCAUGUGACUGACUAGCACCUUAGAGAUCAAUUGCCUCUCUAUAUAUUUUAUCUUGCUCAAAUUUUGUAGGAAUCAUUUUAAUUGAUUUUAUGUCUUUACAAUUAACAUUAAGUAAUAAUUAUAAAACUCGGACUGGUUCAGCUAAUAGAGAAAGGUUCAGAAGAACUAACAACCAGAGGUUUUAAUGUUUUUCUUCUAAAUUUCAAUUAAUCUAACCUA